AUGGUUCAGCGACCGAUGCGCGGAGGAAUGGGCCCAGGGCCUAUGAUGGGAGGAUUCGGUCCGGGUCCUUUCGGACCUGGAGGUUUUGGGCCAGGAAUGAGAGGACCUAUGCCUUUUGGUGCUGGUCCUGGACCUAUGCGCGGCAUGGGACCAUAUGGCGCAGGCGGUGCUGGUCCUGAUCAAAACGUAACUUUCUUCAAAGGACCUCAGCAAGCUGCCGCCGGAGGGGUACGUUUGAUUCGUUGA